GUGAAGUUUUUCUUUCAAAAAACACAAAAAUUUUGCGACGAUUUUGCUUUCACAAAGAGAAAUAUGCAGUUCAUUAUCAUUUAAAUGCCACCAAACGACUUCUGUAAGAAAAUUGAAUGAUUCGUAAAAUCUUGUCUGUCAAAAUGAAAAUCAACUUUGUCAGAAAUGAUGGGGACAGUUUUCUUAUUUCAAUCUUACAUAGAAUAGUUAUGAAUCAAAUACACAACUUUUUGGAUCAAUCUGAAACUCGAUUCACGCACGCUUCCGGGAACUGACAUGAACGCGAGUCUGACUAGUUUCAUCCUACGUCACGGAAAUAUCAUUUCCACGAAAGUACUUUUCGAACUCACUCUCACACUACAUCUAGCCUCUCCAUCCAUCCCCAUUUUGGUAUAGUAUAAGAAAUACUAUUUUUAUUAAGAAAUACUGUUUAAGAAAUAAAACAACUUUAACACAAACAGCAAGCAUAUACAACAAUUAACGACACGUCUGCAAUGUUCUACAAGAAACACGACAUUUCAUUGUUUCCUUCACAUCCACUGCUUGCAAGUGGACAUCACAGGUACCUAAAAUGAACUCAAAAACUUUCCUUAACCGAGCAUUCUCUAUAGAAUCUGAAACUCGUGAAGAGUCGGUUCGCGGAAGGGGCGUGUCACGCUAAAGUUCAUAAGAUGUUGUAGCCAUAUUUCAAAAAUAUACUCUAAUAAUAUAGCUGAAGCUAUCGUUCUUAUGAAUAUUUUAGAAAAAAUAGAAAUUAUGACUAUAGGAACUCUACUCUCUUAACUGCUGCUGUGUGAAUGAAAAGUCAAUAUUUGGAUACUUGAAAGCUUUCAACAGUAUCAUUUGACUCUACGGAAACUCUUGCUGUGCGGAACUCACCAUACGUUACGACUCAUUUAAACGGAAACCAUGAGAAACCUUACUGCUUGUUCUAUAUAAAGGCACUCAUUGCUUUUUAUAGGAAUGAAAACGGGACACAGAGAAAAUAGUGGAUUUAUAAUUGAUAAGUGAAGCGAUUCUGAACCCAAAUGGUUGGAGACUACAUAAUUUUUCAUCUACAACGAUUCCUGAUUUUCAAAAGUUUAGUGAAGAUCCUCGCGAUUCACGUGAUUCCGUCUCCUGUGCUUUCACUUUAUACCUAAUUUCAUCUUUCAUAUAAACUAAGAGGAUCAUUUUCAUCCUUCAGGUAAUUUGCGAUGGAAUAUAGCAGGUAUAACUGUUGCAGGCAAUGGCAAAGCGGGUAUUGGGCCGAAUCAGUUAAAUUCUCCUAAUGAUUUAUUUAUUGACUCGAAUGGAACUCUUUAUAUAGUAGAUUCUUACAAUAAUCGUAUUCAAAAAUGGUUUAAAAAUGCAAAUAGUGGUGUAACAAUUGCUGGCGAUAUGAACGGUGCACCUGGUUCAACAUCAGAUAAAUUAUACAAUCCAAAUAAUGUUUAUGUUGAUAAGGAGCAAAAUUUAUACAUAUCUGAUAGUCGUAAUAAUCGAAUCCAAUUGUGGACAAAGGGAUCAUUAAAUGGAACAACACUAAUAGGAUCAGAUGUGCGUGGCAGUGCAUUAAAUCAAAUCAAAACACUAGGAUUGAUUUGGUUAGAUUCUGAACAUCAUUAUAUCUAUGCAGCAGAUAUUGGUAAUCAGCGCAUUAUGCAGUAUAUGGUUAAAUCGAAUAUCGGUGAUAGUGGUCGAAUUGUAGCUGGUGGAAACGGUCAGGGUAAUAGAAAGAACCAAUUAAGUGACCCAUAUGGUGUAUAUUAUGAUUCUCGAUCACAUACAAUGUAUAUAUCAAAUACUAAUUUUGGACAUACAAUUGUAAAAUGGAAGUUAGAUGAUUCAAGUGGUACACUGGUUACUGGCACACCUGGCACAGCAGGAUCAAAAUCAAAUCAAUUAGAUUAUCCUGGUGGCGUUGUUGUUGAUGAUUAUGGUAAUGUUUAUGUUGCUGAUCAAUUGAACCAUCGAAUACAAAUGUUCUGUCAUGGGUCAAAUGGUAACGGAAUAACGAUAGCUGGUAUCAGUGGUAGCGCAGGAAGUGAUAACGAUAAAUUAAAUAAUCCAAAUGGGCUUGCAUUUGAUUCAGAAAUGAAUUUGUAUGUGGCUGAUUUACAUAAUAAUCGGAUACAAAAAUUUAUGAGACUAAAGUAA